AAGAUAGCGGCGCUGCGGCAGUCAAACACCGUGUCUUCCUUUUACAGGACCGUGUAAGGUCACUAAGGUGUCAGUCACUGUUUUCAAGUUGCUUUCAAGGGAGUUUCAUGGAGUACAUAACGUUUUAGGAAAAACAUGUCUGCUAAACCUGAGCAGUUGACUGAUCUUCCAUGGCAAGACAUCAUCUUUCAACAUGUAUUUCCCCAUCUUUCUGUGGCAGAACUUUGUCGACUCUGUGAAGUCUCCAAGACCUUUCAGAAAGUUUCUAAUGAGUAUUUUUAUACUUGUAAAGAAUUAGACUUUUCUAACUACAAUAUCACCGAUGAUAACUUUCAAAAGAUAACCUCUCAUUGUAGAAAUCUUCAGUGGUUAUCAGUUGCUGGAUGUUCUUGGCUCAGUGAUGUUCCUCUUAUGAUUGUCUUCAAGCAGAACAAAAAUUUAGUGCAUGUAAAUCUCAGCAAAUGUGGUAACCUUACUGGAGGAGCUCUGCAGGUAUGGUUGGGGAUGCCAAGACUAGGAAUCACUGGGCUCAUGACGAACUGGACCACAUCAAUUGUCUGGAAUUGAAGGCUAUCCUCUUGGGUUUACGGUCCCUUUGCAAGGAUAGCAGGGACACUCACAUUUGCAUCCGCUCUGAUAAUACCACCGCAAUUGCCUGUUUAGACUGCUGUGGUAGUAUCAAGCUUAGUCUUAACACGAUAGUCGAACAGAUUUUUGCUUGGGCCAAGUCGAGGGGCAUUAUCCUGUCAAUACAACAUAUACAGGGAUUACAUAAUUCAGAGGCAGACAAGGAAUCUCGUGUGAAAAACUUAGAUGCUGAGUGGAUGUUGCAGCCCCACAUUUUCCAUAGCUUAUGUCAGCUUUUUCCCAUGCCUGAGGUUGAUCUCUUUGCCACCUGAAUUAAUGCUCAGUUAUCUGAUUAUGUUUCAUUGAAGCCAGACCUGGUCCAAUAAGAAAUUGUACGUUUUUUCCCCUUUCAGUAUAAUCUCCCGAGUAUGCAAAAAAUUCAGGAAGACGAGGAAACAGUCAUGUCGAUCCUACCUUUGGGGCCAACACAAGUCUGGUUUCCAACAGCCCUCCACCUCUUAGUGGCAGCCCCUGUUCUCCUUCCUCGACAUCCUCUAGUGCUACUGCAAAAUCCAACUCUCACACAUCCUUGGCCCCAAGGGUUGGUCUUAGCAGCAAUGCUAUUAUCAGGAAUCCUUCACUAGUCAAGGCCUAUCAUCAGACGUUGCCCGAUUUUUGCUUAGUUCCUGGAGGGCAAGCACGAGGACUCAAUAUGGGCCACAUAUAAAAAACUGACAGUUUUUUUUGCCUCAGCAGGGAAAUUAAUCCAUUUCAGCCACCUUUAAAUGUCUUCUUAGACUACCUCUUAUCUGAAUUUAAGAAGGAAACGGGCCGAACCUACAGCUCAAUGAAUACAAUACGGUCAGCUAUUUAGGCAGUAGCCAGUAUCAGUCAUCAGCCUGUGGGACAGCACCCCUUGGUUGUCAGCUUCAUGAAGGCAGUCUUCCAAGAGAAACCAUCUUUUCCCUGAUACCGAACGCCUAGGACCCUCACUUGGUCUUAGAUUACAUUGCAGGUCUUGGACCCAAUGAGGAAUUACCACUUAUCCAGUUAUCGAGAAAAUUAACUAUUUUAAUGCUUCUACUCUCCAGUCAACGUGGUCAAACUUUGCAUUUAUUAGACAUUAAAAACAUGAUUAUCUCAGAGCUUAGAGUCUCUUUCAGAAUAGCUGACCCUCUAAAAACAUCAAGACCUUAUGUCAGAACUGGUUUUUGUGGCUUAUCCCACUGACAGGAGAUUGUGUAUAGUCACUUCCAUUGUGAGUUAUCUCGAGCGCACUUGUGCCCUCCGAGGGCCAUUCACAGGCUUCUUUUGUAACCACGAAACCUCUGAUAAGGGUAGCUUCAUGAGACACUUUGCAUCGUUAGACAAAAGAUAUCAUGCGAUCUGCUGGCAUUGACCUCAGCAUCUUUUCUCCUCACUCUGCUAGGUCAGCUUCAACCAGUAAGGCAACCCUAAAACUCCCCUGGCCACCAUUAUCUCCACUGUUGGGUGGUCCCGGGAAUCCACCUUUACCAGGUUCUACAAGAGACCUAUCAGCCAUCUUGGACAAUUUUCGAGAGCUAUUUUUUCAUAGCUCUCUUGAUUCUGUGAACCAUGCUACCCCUUUGUGGGUUUCCUUGUUUGUUUUGUUACUUUGGUUUUAUUUGGGGGAAAUAGAUUGUUACUCCUGUU